CUCCUCCCUUCAGCCGCUUCUCUCUCUCUCUCUAGAAUCUCCCCCGCCGCCGUUAGAGAGAGAGGACGCCCGCGACGGCGACGGCGACGGCGACGGCGACGGUGACGGCGACGACGGCAAUGGCGGUCGCGAGCUCCUCCGCGCUCUCCUCCAAAUCCGCAUUUGCCGGCGCCCACUCCUCCCUAGCCAGGCCUCGCCAGCCGGCCGCCGCAUUCUCCCUCCUCCCCGCGAGGGGCGCCCGCCGCCCGAUCUCCGCCGUCCACGCGGCGGACCAGCCGAAGACCCCCGGCGCGGCCGCCGCGGCGAGCAACUCCUCCGCCGUGACCGCGCCGGCGCGCCCCGCCGCCGCGGCGGGGACCGGGAAAUGGGCCGUCGACAGCUGGCAGGCGAAGAAGGCGCUGCAGCUGCCGGAGUACCCGGACAAGAAGGACCUCGACUCCGUGCUCGCGACGAUCGAGAGCUUCCCCCCGAUCGUGUUCGCCGGGGAGGCGCGCAGGCUCGAGGAGAGGCUCGCGGAGGCCGCCAUGGGGAACGCCUUCCUGCUCCAGGGCGGCGAUUGCGCGGAGAGCUUCAAGGAGUUCAGCGCGAACUACAUCCGGGACACGUUCAGAGUGCUGCUCCAGAUGGGAGUCGUCCUCAUGUUUGGAGGACAGAUGCCUAUCAUUAAGGUGGGGAGAAUGGCGGGUCAAUUUGCGAAGCCUAGAACUGGCCCUUUUGAGGAGAAGGAUGGGAAGCAGCUGCCAAGUUACAAGGGAGACAACAUUAACGGCGAUGCUUUUGAUGAGAAAUCAAGAACUCCGGACCCUCAAAGAAUGAUAAGGGCUUAUUCUCAGGCUGCAGCGACUCUGAACCUUCUAAGAGCAUUUGCAACUGGAGGUUACGCUGCCAUGCAGAGAGUUACCCAGUGGAAUCUUGAUUUUGCAGUGAACAGUGAGCAGGGAGAUAGGUAUCAGGAACUUGCUCAUAGGGUAGAUGAGGCCCUUGGUUUCAUGGCUGCUGCUGGACUCACUGUUGAACACCCUAUCAUGACAUCUACUGAAUUCUGGACAUCUCAUGAGUGCUUACUUUUGCCUUAUGAGCAAGCUCUGACUCGUCUAGAUUCAACUUCGGGGCUGUAUUAUGACUGCUCUGCUCACAUGCUCUGGGUUGGGGAGCGUACUCGCCAGCUUGAUGGUGCUCAUGUUGAGUUCCUCAGGGGAAUCGCCAACCCUCUUGGAGUUAAGGUAAGUGACAAAAUGGAUCCCAAUGAGCUGGUUAACCUGAUAGAAAUCCUGAAUCCACGUAAUAAACCGGGAAGGAUCACGAUUAUUGUGAGGAUGGGUGCUGAGAAUUUGAGAGUAAAGUUUCCACAUUUGAUCAGGGCGGUCCGCAGAGCGGGGCAGAUUGUCACCUGGGUCUGUGACCCAAUGCAUGGAAACACCAUAAAAGCACCAUGUGGACUCAAAACACGUGCCUUUGAUGCAAUUCUGGCCGAAGUGCGUGCAUUCUUUGAUGUUCACGAGCAAGAAGGAAGUCAUCCUGGAGGAAUUCAUCUAGAAAUGACUGGCCAGAAUGUAACCGAGUGCAUUGGAGGGUCCCGGACUGUGACAUAUGACGAUUUAGGCUCACGUUAUCACACACACUGCGACCCAAGGCUUAAUGCUUCUCAAGCCCUUGAGCUGUCAUUCAUUAUUGCUGAGAGACUUAGAAGGAGGAGGAUUGGAACCCCGCGCAUGCUUUCAUUGAGUGUUUAAAAGGUUUGGACCAUCAUUUCUCAUGAGUGGCAAACUUGAUGUCACUGGUGAUGAUUACUGAUGUUGCUUUUUCAAGGAAGCCAGAGCAGAUGAAGUUUUGCCGACCUAUUGUGUAAACCAGUAUAUAGUUUGUUGGUUCAGAUCGUCUAUUCGUAGUAGUGUGUAGUUGGUUUGUUCUGUGGAAGCACGGGGAAAUGGUGUUGGGGUUUGAUCAGCAUCCAAUGUCUUAUUGUAGGUUAAGUUUGAGAUUCAGUUGUGGACUUGCACAUCAAUUUGUUUAAUAAGAGCUUUGUCUCAAUUUUCGAAAAGAAUAAUACGAGCUUUUUGCUGAGCAUAAA